AUGAAUGUCGCAGCUGGAAAAUCUGUCACAAGCUUGGAUAUAACUAAAAACGUGACCAAGAAAAAUAAACAGAGUGAAACUAGUGAAAUAAGAAGCAAAACAAAUUUUAUUGUAAAUAAUAUUGAAAAAGUGGUGCACGACGACGUACCAGAUAAAAAUAAGUCAAAAAUAACUAUUUUCUCAGAAGUUAGAAUACUGCCAAAAACAGACAGGAAUAAAAAAGCACAAACGACAAAGAAAGAAGAAGGAAAAGCUGGACCAUCUGGUAUUACGAUAAAAAGAGAAUUAUAA